UUUAAAUUGCACGUUUAAAGAGUCUAUUAAACGUAUUUGAAGGUUCCUAAUUAAGAACUUCCUUAAGGACUAGACCAGAACGAAGAACUUAGAAGAGGUCAAAAAGUUCAAACUUAUCUAAAUCAUUUGUCUUUUUAUUGCUCCUGUCAAAUCACACGGUUAUAUUCCUAAGUUCUAGUUCAAUUCUUCGUCAAAAUUCUUUUCUCAGGAAUUCUCCUUUCUCUUUCAAAGCUACAGUAUAUAGUAAACUCCAAAUAAGUUCUAUUCACAACUACGACUUUAAAAAAAAAUUAAAAAAAUAAUAACCCUCUUAUAGAAAUACAGCAACCUAUAUAACAAGCACAACGACACACAAAAUUAGCAAAACAACAUUAAACUACUCUUAAAUAAAAGAGCAAAAGGAAAAAAAAAAUGCAGCGCUCAUCGCUUGUUAGAAACUUAGUGCAACGCCAAUUAGUUCAUCAAAGGCAUAGGACUAGCAAAAAACAAAUGAUGAUUAGACCACAAUUAGCAUGUGAUGUUUUCAUUAACCACAGAGGAAACGACACAAAGAGAACAAUAGCUUCAUUAUUAUACGAUCAUUUGACACGUUUAAGGAUUAGGUCAUUUUUGGACAACAAGAACAUGAAGCCAGGUGACAAAUUGUUCGAGAAAAUCGACAGUGCAAUAGAGGAAUGUAAAGUUGGUGUUGCCGUUUUUUCUCCACGUUAUUGUGAUUCUUAUUUUUGCCUUCAUGAAUUGGCUCUAUUUGUGGAAUCAAAGAAAAAAGUGAUUCCUAUUUUUUGUGAUGUUAAGCCCUCUGAGCUUCGUGUUGUAAACAAGGGAAAUAUUCUUCCACUUCGACCCAAUGAAAUUGAGAGGUUUAAUUUGGCACUUGAAGAAGCUAAACACACCGUUGGCCUUGAUUUCAGCUCUAACAAAGGGAACUGGUCGGAUGUGGUGACAAAAGCAGCUGAUGUUGUCAUUGAGAGCUUGAUAGAGAUUGAAGAAGCUGAGCUAACCAGAAAACGGACUACUCCUAUCGUUUUUUGAUCCAUGCAAAUUCGUACUAAAAUUAUGACAAACAUGAAAUUAUUGUUUUGAAUAAGUUAUCAAUUUUGUACGUUUCCAGUAAAAGAUUUUAGUGAACUACAUAUUCAUCUUGUUCUUUGUAGUAUAACAAGCAGAUAUUUUUUUGUUGUUGUUGUUGUAAGUUGUAACAUGUCCAACAUGUAGUAGUUUCCGUUGGUACUAUGCGGCGGGGAGACUGAAUUAACUUUGUGGUCAUUAAUUAAC